AUGUCUUCUGCUCCCAUUCCCCCGACCAUGAAGGCCCUCUUUCAAGAGACCAAGAACGGUCCUCUCGUCCUCAAGGAGGUUUCAACCCCCGAACCUGGACCCGGUUCUGUCGUCGUCAAGAUUCUCGCCAACCUCCUUCAACAUCAGACUCCAGGUAUCCUGGCUGGAGAAGCCGGUUUCACUUACCCCGUGCCUAUGACUCCCGGUGGCCGAGCCGUAGGCAGAGUCGCUGCUAUAGGACCGGACACAACAUCACUACCCAUCGGCCAGCUCGUUCUACUGGAGCCAUUCAUCCGCGCUCGCGACGAUCCAGAUACGUGGAUCUUCUGGGGCGCAAUGGAAGGCGCAAGUGAGGGAUCAAAGAAGCUUUUUGCUGAGAAUUGGCGGUAUGCCACGUUUUCCGAGUAUGCGAAAGCGCCUUUGGAAGUGACUUGGGCGCUGAAUGAGAACCGGCUUUGUAAAGAGUUGGGAUAUACGAUUCCCGAACUGGUGCAGUUAUCCGUGGACGUUGUUGCAUACAGUGGACUCAAGGGCAUUGGGCUGACGGCUGGGGAGAGGAUCAUUGUCACGCCUGCUACGGGGAUCUUCUCGGGUGCGGCUGUGGGUGUGGCAGUUGCGAUGGGUGCUACUGUCUUAGCGACAGGACGAAAUGAGCGCGCGCUUGAACGUUUAGUGUCUGCGCAUCCUCAACUCGUCUCAAGGAUCACACGGACGAACGACGUCGACACGGAUAUCAAAGCUCUGCAGCAGUAUGGCCCCGUGGAUGCUGUCCUUGAGAUGACGCCCACAGGAGCUGAGGGAAGCACGCAUGUUCGAGCAGCUUUCGGUGCACUCAAGCAGUAUGGAAGAGUAUGCAUCAUGGGCUUUGGUGGUGGCGCCAUGAAGCAUGUCGAGAUAUCGAUGAUGGAGUUGGUGUACAAGAGUAUUACAGUUCAUGGUCAUGCCAUGUACUGGGGACAGGAUGUGAAAGAAAUUAUCAAGAUGGCUGAAGCGGGAGUGUUGAAGCUUGGAAAACAGAGGGGUCACGAUGCCGUGACUGAGUUUGGACUUGGUGAUUUCGAAAAGGGAUUCGACUGGGUUGGCGCAAACCAUGAGCUCGGCCAAAUCGCUGUAUUAGUUCCGUAG